AUGGCCACACGACCGACGACGCCGGCAUCCCCCAAGAAUGCCAAAAUCAAGUCCCCUUCGCCGGGAUGCCCAGUCUUUGGCUGCGACGUCGAUUCCCGCACGGGCGCCCUCUAUUGUCAGAUAUGCGACGACUUGGUCUGGGACCCUACGUUGGAGGAGCUUCGAGUGCGGAAGAUAGGGACCGGCACAUUCUCAACAAACCGAAAACGAAAGCAUGACGAGCUCUUUGCCGAGUCAUCCAAGGAGGACCCUCGCAUCAUCUCAGCCAACACAACCGUCGCCUCGUGCCGCGCGAGCGGUCUUCGCGGCAUCUACAACGCAGGGGCGACUUGCUACCAGAAUGUCGUUCUCCAGAGCUUCCUCCACAAUCCCCUCCUGCGCAACUUUUACCUCAGCGACGGGCACCAGAGCAGCGAGUGUAGCAUCUCGCACUGCUUGAGCUGCGCCAUGGACGACAUGUUUCAGGAUUUCUACGCACUGGAAAGCACUAACGGUUAUACAGCCGCCAACAUCCUGUCUGGCUUCUGGAUCUCUGAGAAGAAGGCCUUUGAGAAUCUCGUGACAACAAAGGAACAGGAUGCCCAUGAGUUUUUCCAGUUUUUGGCAGAGGAGCUUCACGAGCGAAAUGGCGAUGGCAAGAGGCCGCAAAGCGGCAGCGAGCAUACGUGCAACUGCAUUAUCCACCAGACGUUUUACGGCAAGAUGCAGACAACCACAACCUGCCAGAACUGCCACAACUCGACCCAUGCGGUCCAGUCAUUCCUGGAUCUCAGUCUCGGCGUCGACACCCUGGCGCAGAGACGGGCCAAGAAGACUGGGCAGAAGCUGCCUGCGCUCACGUUGGGCGACUGCUUAGAUGAGGAGUACGUCAAGUCGGAUAAGUGCGAGUACAGGUGCCACAAAUGCGCGUCGAUACAGCAAGCACGGCGGCACACCAGCAUCAAGCGUUUGCCCAACGUACUAUCCAUACAACUCAAGAGAUUUGAAUUCAAGCAGGGAAAACACGACCGGGCGGCAUCCAAGAUUGACAAUCCCGUCUCGUUUCCUCUCCAACUCAACAUGCUCCCUUACACCAAUCGGGCCCGCAACCGCGACAGUCGAGAGAACUUGGAACUGGAGAGAUCCUGCACGUAUGACCUCCUGAGCGUCGUCGUUCACGUCGGCGAGAUUGAAACGGGUCACUACGUGUCAUACUGCCGUGUUGGGGAUCAGUGGUUCAAAUUCAACGACCACAAGGUAGAGCUGGCCCGGGUGUCCGAUGUACUCGGCGCUCAGGCCUACUUGUUGUUCUAUAUCAUCCGAUCUCUUGCCUGAAUAGGCACCAUCAUCUAGCCAUCAGAUAACGGCAUUAUAACCAUCUCCGCGAGGUCAGGGUGAGUCGGCACGUAUUGGAGUAUCCCGCAACUCAUCAUUAGACCCCAUGCGGCACCGUAGAAUCGGUAUUCGUCCUAACUUUCCCGUCCACAAAUCUCGUCAGAUGACAGACUUUUUUAACAAUAACCCGGUGGCAUUCUAUUUUCAACGCCACUUCCAGCUGGGACACUCGAAGUUGGCAUAGCAGUAAAACUCGUUGCUUAGGCCCCUUGUGU